AUUUUCGCGUCGGAAUAUUUCCUUGAAACUCCGGUGGAAUUCAAUGUGUCAAGACUCCCAAACAACACCAUUUUCCUUAACCGCCAUGUUGAACCAUCGGGUGCUCACUCAUUUCCUGUCAUGGCGUUGGUGACAAUUUCGGGCUAUCCAUGUUCGGGCAAAUCGAGGAGAGCAGAUCAGAUCAAGCAACACCUUGAAGCGAGAUUGGAUGCGCAAGAAUAUGCCGGACCGAAACUGAAAGUCGUAAUUCUUUCGGACGACACACUGAAUAUAGAUCGAACAUCUUACAGUGACAGUCGAUCGGAAAAACCAGCUCGAGGCACACUGUUCACUGCAAUGCAGCGGCAGAUGGGCCAGGAUACCAUCCUGAUCGUGGACUCGCUCAAUUACAUCAAAGGGUUCCGAUAUCAAAUGUACUGUGCUGCUAGGGAACACAAGUUGCGAGUAUGCACAGUGUGGGUAGUUGCGAAGAAGGAGAUGUGUGAGGAGUGGAACUCGUCGCGCUCUAGUGGUCGCGCAUACAAUCCAGAGACGUUGGAGAAUCUCUUUCUGCGUUAUGAAGAACCAUCGUCGAUGGUUCGGUGGGAUUCGCCCCUUGUCACAAUUACCUGGGAGGAUCAAGAUGUACCUGCGGAGGACAUCUGGCAAGCCGUUACAGGUGGUGUUGUGAAGCCUCCUAAUACCGGCACUCAGGCGGUUCCCAAGGCACCCACAGACGCUCUGCUCACGCUUGAGCACACAACAGCCGCAGUGAUCUCGAGCAUUAUAUCCGAGCAGUCCAUAUUGCAAGGAAUAGGAGGCACGAUCACACUCGCACUUUCAACGCCAACACUCAGACCAAAGGUGACCUUACCGGCACGUAAUGUCACGCUGUCCGAGAUGCAGCGCCUGAAGCGACAGUUCGUCACCGUACACAAGAAGGCAAUUACCCUUGGUUCAACAGAGAAGGGCGGCGUGGACUGGAGCGAGGAGAGCGUAGCAGAUAAGUUUGCAACGUAUCUAACUGAGAACAUCAAGUCAUAGAGCCCUCAACGCUAUCAGUCGUAUAUUGAUGUGCAAUUUCAUUCUGCAUGUAUUAUCUGGACCCCAAUAGACCGCCACAUCGUGCUCCCCGG